UUCUCUUUCUUCUUUCUCAACGGUCACUUCGCUUCUCUCUUAUUUCUUCACCUUCAUCCCAUGUUCCAGUAUCAAGAUGACUACCGAAGCCGCCACCUCAUCUUUCCAGAAAACAGUGUUGUUACAUGACUGGUGGUUGAUCAAAGCCGAGCAGGAGUUCCAAGGGAAGAAAAUUGCUGUUGCCGGCUUAACUUCUCCUGAGAAAAAACCUGUUCGUGUGUUUCACUCAGCAGCAAUUACCAAAAGAUACGAUGUUUUCACUCUUCAGACAGCUGAUGGCGUCAAUGUUCUUCUCCAAGGUUAUAUUAACAGGACACUCACUGUUGAAAAUGGAUUUUCUUCUCAGGUCUUUCGGCAUUUCUGUUUCGGCUUUCCUCCUGAUUGGGAAGAAUGUGGAACCAAGUUUCUGAAUAGUAACUGUGAAAGCGCGGCAGAGCCUCCGGUGUCUCAAAAUGAAUGCCGGCCUGUUUUCUUAUCAUUGCCAGUAGAUGAUGGUGUUAAUAAUUUGAAGAAUGAUGACUCAAAGAAUCUUUCACCACUAUCGAGAUGUCGUGUAAAUGAUGUAAGUUGGGUGAAAGAUAGUGUGGUGGUACCAGCAAAGCCUUCUGGUCACCAUGUGGAUGUGGCACUAUCUUCUGAAAAGAUAGGCAGCAAGAAAAGCAAAACCAUAUCUUUUGGAAAGUUGAUGGCUAAAAGGUCAAGUAGUUUAGAAAGAAUCAGCAUCAAGAAUGAUGCAUCGGGGGAAUGCUCAGCACUCACGGAUUAUAAUGUGGGCAAUAUCACUAAAUCAAACUUUGACCAGACACUGUCUGUUAGAACUUCAGGUGUGGUACUGGCUGUAUCCUUAGAAGUGAUCUCGAGUUUAAAGAAAAAGAAAAGGGAAAAUGAGGGAAACAAGGAUGGACUGAAGAGUGGAAGUGAUUUCUCAAUGCCAUCUUUGCCUCAAGGCCCUCAGGUUAUGCUAAGAUGCAUUGAAAAUAAUCCUACACCAGGGCCGUCUCUUUCUAGAUCUCCGACUCGGGGAGAUUCUGAUAUUUUAAAUCAAUCUGAUAAAUGUCUCGUGGAAAACUCUGUGUUUUCCAGCAUGCGGUCAGGUGCGGAAGCAAAUAUCAUUAGUCCAUCCAUGGAAGAAACAGAGACAUUGGAUGCUAAUCUCAUUGAUUCUGGACAUAGGAAAAGCACUGCCUCUGUGACAAAUCUGAUAAAUAUACCGAUACAGAAAUCGGUCUCUGGACAUUCAGUGAGGUACAAAGCCAAAAGGUUGAAAUCAGUUGAAGGUAAACCGAAGAGAAAUUCAGGCACAACUCUUGAUAUAGCAGAGGCAAUGUUGAGAGCUUCAAGAAAGAUGAAUACACUGUCAGGAAAUUCAAAAAGUAAAGAGUAGAAAGAAACAAUAGCUGUUGAGAAAGGAGGUUUGUCCAUGAAGCAAGCUAGAAGGAAAGUUAUUUUUGAUGCCGAUAUAAGAGAAAUGACAACAUGUAUUCAUUCUCCAGAAUCCUUGAAUCUCAAAAGAUCCAGAUCAGGGAGACUACUUUUACCUACCCUAGAUUUCUGGCGCAACCAAAUUCCAGUUUAUGAUGAGAGUUUGUUGAGUUUUUAUAAUUAGCUUCACUUGGUCAAAAGUUAUGUGUGAAACAAAGCUGUGAAGAACGAUUUGAAUUUGUCUACAGUAAUUGACUUUACAAGAACUGAUGUUGUAGGAUUGUAAGAUUCAUUUUAAGGGAAUCGUAAUAUCACUGGAGUUCAAGAAGAGCUGGGUGUAGUUGAACCAUCUAGAGGGGUUGAAUCUAAGACUCAGAAGAGCAAAAGAGAGUAAAUAAAACCACAGUUUCCUUUAUCUUGGGGCAAUCAAUAAUCACCAUGGAGCAAAGCCAUUAGUUUGGGAGGGGAGGAAUGGAGAUGGUGAUGGGAAACAAAGGGCUAAAGGAGGUAAUUGUUGUAAUGAUGAGGGAUUAAGUUGGUCUCUUCAGAAUUGGCAUUAGCACCCAAUCUAGGAUCUUAUUUUUGUCAUAUGCAACCGUUUGUCAUGUUUUCCUAUCCUCGAACUGGUCUUUCAUAAUAGUAGUUUUUUAUUUUUAUUUUUUCUGAAAAUCUGAUCCAAUAUAAUUCAUAGUUCCAUUUCCUCCCA